AUGGACUCCGAGGAGAGUUAUGACAAGGCCGCCGACUCUGGCCAGCCUCCCGCAUAUUCCUCAGCCCGAGCUCCAGCUACUGCCGACCAGCCUCCGCCCGCGUACCAACCGCCUGCUGCCUACACCGUAGGGACACAGAAGUUGACGAGCCCUCUGGUCCAGAUACAGGAAUUGAAGGCACAUCUCUGUCUUCUGCGUGCUCUCAAAAACCUGAGGACGGUCGUCGAAGACGGCAAGAUUGCAGAAUGGCCCACAGUCGUGCACACAUGGACUCCGCCGCAGCGCUGGGCCUGGUUUGUUGGACUUGCAGUUGACAGGUUCCAGAGCUGGGUUCAAGCCAUGACAGCUUACAGCUCGCUAGACACCUGGGUAGAACGAGAGAUGCCGCCAAUUGACGUGCUGAUGGUGUGGCAUGCCUACACACUUAACCCAACGUGGUAUGCUGAGGACACUACCCGCAUUCUUAUAUUGCGCUCGCUUAGGGCGAUCAAAGACCGCCUCCUGACUUCUAUCGUUAAAGUAGGAGACAUCAGUACCUAUGAGCCUUCUCCAGAGAGAAGGGAUUCAUGGCUCAAGCAAUACGGUACUCCAUUCGACCCGAUCGCGGCCGCGGCCGUGAUGGCUGAGCGCAUUGUCGUCUGCCCGAGCUGUGUCGCGGAGUAUGCUGCGCCCUUCGUCACCCAGGAUGGCACGGGGUACCUGCAAUCCAAGUUCAUCUCGAAAUGCCCAUCCUGUGGCUUCGCAGCAACGAAAGAGAGUCUUGCUGUCUUGAAAUAUGCGCGCGACGUCACUCUCGACCCGCGUAGUACUAACGAUGUACAGCGCUACGGAUAUGGCGUGUACAUGGCGGGCACGCUCCGGACGAUAACGCAGCCGACUGCCGACAGUGUCGCGGCCCUUCUGAAGGCGAAGCUGCACAUCGUGUUCAAGCCGCCUGAGGGCGCGGCAUCCAAGGAUGAGUGGGCCAAGGCGAUCACGACCAAGGUCGGAUACAGUAUGGAGAACCUUCAGAAGCAGCAAGCCGCCGUGUUCGCCAACGGCAUGCGGAGGUCGAAGAGGGUGAUGAGUGCAUACAUCGAUGAUCGUCCGUUCUCUGUAGAGCUUGUCGGUGCAGUCAUCCGGCAAUGCUCCUUCAUCGACAAGAUGACUGGGUUUGGUUGGACAGAAUCAGGGGCAUUUGACGGGCCUGAGGACGAGGUAGUGCUACAGCAUGCUAUCGCCAGAUAUCACGCUUUCCUCGACUUGAUGUCAUCUUCUCCGGGAUCGUUCUUCGUGCCCACCUUGGACAUCGACCUCGCCUGGCACACGCACCAGAUGAAGGCUGAGCUCUAUCAGAACGAUUGCAUUCAGCUUAUUCAGCGUUUCGUUGACCACGACGACCGCGUCGAGGAGAAUCACCUGGCGACGUCCUUCGACAUCACUUGCCGCGCGUGGCAGCAACGGUUCCAGGUUCCGUACACGCACUGCGGGUGCCCGUUGCCAGGGGACACACUUGGGCAGCGGCUGGCGCGGCUGAAGCACCGACUGAGCCUGAGCUCGUCCGCACCGGCCGCGCUCAUGCCGCCGCGGCGCGCGGACGCACUCGGCGCGACGCACGCGAGCGAACACAACAUGGUCUCGGUCGCACCGCUCGGCGAGGACCACGCGGCGGUCGCAGGCCAGAAACGUAGGGUCCGCGAGGAGAAGGUCCAGCGCCGGCGGCAGCGCGACGAGAAGCUGGUGCGGGACGGCAAGAUGAACCCCGCGGCGGUGCGGCCGGCGUACGACGGCCACCAGAUCGCGUUCCUCUAUCCCGUGCCGUUCUAUGCGCCGCCGGUCAUCGGCUGCGUCGCCUCUGCGGCCGGGGUGCCGGAUCUUGUGGCGGAGGAGGUUGUGGCGGUGGUUGUGGCGGAGGAGGAGGUUGUGGCGGGGGCGGAGGUUGUGGAGGUGGAGCUAGUGCCGGGUGUGGAGGAGGCGGAGGCGGGGGCGGAGGGUGUGGUGGAGGGGGCGGAGGAGGAGGGUGCGGUGGCGGAGGAGGAGGCGGCGGGGGUUGCUAAUGGCGUUCCUUGACAGUUCGGCUUCGCAGGGCUCACUCCGUAUGCUUUAUCCCAGAGGUUGCUUGUACAAGUAUAAUGUAAUAAUACGAUGCACAGACUUGAAGCUUGCAAAUCCGG